GUAUUUAUACCCGACCCGGCCCGACCCGACUUUAAAAAAUAAGUAAAUUAACAAUUUAUAUUUGUACAAAAAACUAGUUGUCUUCUCCCUCCACCGUUUUUGACCUCUGAUUGCUUCCAUAGUUCCAGAAACCUUUUGGUAAACCCCCAAAAACCCCAAUUUCACACUCUGUUUGGUUUAUUAAUUAUUUAUUCAUCUGCAUGCUCUAAAUCAACACCCUCAACUUCGGAGGGAGUUGACCAUGGCCGCCGCUCCAACGAUUGGAUUCCUGAUGCCCUUAAAUGGUAAUUUCGAGGAGGAAGAGAACAACGCUGCCAUUCCCAAAAUACUACUCUCCAAGGGCACUACUUUCGUCGGCCGCGAUUGCAUUUCGAUCACCGACAAGCGCGUCAGCAGGAACCACCUCGCAGUUAGCUCCUUCGGUGACGGCUCUGCUGAAAUCAUCGUAAAAGGAACGAACCCGGUCGUCUUAAGAUCCGGAAAUGAUAGAAGGAAGCUUUUGUUUGGAGAAAAGAGGAGAAUUCAAAAUGGUGAUAUGAUAGAGUUAAUACCUGGCCAUUACUUUUUCAAGUAUGUGACUGUCACUAACGACACAGUGGGGAAUUUUGCAACUACUUCUAGAGGGAAGAGGCCUUUGAUUGAAGAAAGUAGUAAGGGCAAAAAUGACAUUGCUCGUAGUGGAAAGAGAAUGCAAAAGAUUCCAGAGGAGGAUGCACCACUUGUCCGGGAUUCGAAUGUACAGGCUAACGCUAACUCUGAGGGCAUACGUCGUUUUCGUAUUUCUAAGGAUAAUUUGCCUUCAACUUUUAGACUAUUGCGAGUGAAAGAAUUGCCGGAGUGGGCAAAUACGAAUGCUGUUUCUAUUGGUGAUGUGGUUCAGGGAAAUGUGCUAUUAGCGGUCCUAUCAAAUUACAUGGUCGACGUUGAUUGGCUACUUUCUGCGUGUCCGAUGAUUAAAAGGGUCCCUCAUGUCCUAGUUGUCCACGGGGAAGGUGACGGUACCCUCGAGUAUAUGAAGAGAAACAAGCCUUCGAACUGGAUUCUCCACAAACCUCCAUUGCCCAUUUCGUACGGGACACACCAUUCGAAAGCCAUGCUUCUUGUCUAUCCUCGAGGAGUGCGAGUCAUUGUUCAUACAGCAAACUUGAUAUAUGUUGACUGGAACAACAAAACUCAGGGUUUAUGGAUGCAAGAUUUCCCAUGGAAAGAUCAAAGCAGUAAAAGUAGUGGUCCUAGUGCAUGUGGAUUUGAAAAUGACCUGAUCGAUUAUCUGGGCGCACUCAAGUUGCCUGAAUUCAAUGCUAAUUUACCUGGUAUCGGCAACUUCAGUAUAAACCCACAAUUCUUCAGGAAAUUCAAUUACAGCUCUGCCAUGGUCAGGCUUAUUGCAUCUGUUCCCGGAUAUCAUUCGGGUUCCAGUUUAAGGAAAUGGGGACAUAUGAAGUUACGUACAGUACUGCAAGAGUGUACCUUUGAGAAGCAGUUUGAGAAGUCUCCUCUUAUUUACCAGUUUUCUUCGCUAGGUUCGGUGGAUGAGAAGUGGGUGACUGAGUUGGCAACUUCAAUGUCGGCAGGAAUUACACAAGACAAAAAGCCUUUGGGUAUGGGGAAGCCCUUGAUAGUAUGGCCAUCAGUCGAAGAUGUUAGAUCUUCAUUAGAGGGUUAUGCAGCUGGGAAUGCUGUUCCGAGUCCACUAAAGAAUGUGGAGAAAGAGUUCUUGAAGAAGUAUUGGGCUAAAUGGAAAGCAAGCCACACAGGCCGCUGUCGCGCAAUGCCUCAUAUAAAGACAUUCACACGUUACAAUGGGCAGAACCUCGCAUGGCUGCUGCUUACUUCGUCAAACCUGAGCAAAGCUGCCUGGGGAGCUCUUCAGAAAAACAAUUCUCAGUUAAUGAUCCGUUCAUAUGAGCUAGGAGUUCUGUUUCUGCCCAUCUCCAAGAAAGAUGGAUGUGGCUUUUCUUGUACAGAUAUCUCCGAGGAUAAUAAUAAAUCGACAUGUGUAAGAAAUUCCCAAGUGAAACUGGUCACAUUGGCUUGGAAUGAAAAGGGAAACGACGAAAAUGACCAAGUUAUUCGAUUGCCCGUGCCUUACGAACUUCCUCCAAGACUGUACUCCUCGACAGAUGUACCGUGGUGCUGGGAUCGAACGUACACGGAGAAGGAUGUGUACGGUCAAGUUUGGCCCAGGCAGGUGAAGCUCUAUUCCAGUCAAGAUUUCUGAUUUCCUUUUUUUUUUUUUUUUCUUUUUUUCUUGUUGAGCUAAUUUAUGUUGACUGUUUGAGUUGACUCUGUUGAAACGCAUAACAGCUUCACUGGAAUAUUCCUUCUUUUCAAUUGCUAUUUAGUCCUUAUAUAUCUGAUUAUAUUAUGUUUUCUACCUGUUGACAUUGACUUAUUCAUUCACGUGUGAUAACUGAUAUGACAUCAAUUUGAUUCA